AGGAGGAAUUCUUUCCCCGCCUAACAUUUCAAGGGACACCAUUCACUCCCAGUCCCUUCCUUUUCCCAGCCCCAGCCGGAGUGCACCCAGUGCCCGCAACUCCUGAUCCCGAACUCAGACAGGAGCCUCGCCAACGUUAGCCUCCCUUUUCCAGCCUCGCUCUCCUCCUCCUCUCUCGCCACCUCCACCUUCACCGCCACUAACCUCCACCUCCAGUACCAGCGCCCACCCAUCCACCGCCGCCACCGCUGCCACCGGCUGCGCCUCCUGCUCGCCUCCUCUUUCCUUCUUCUCUCUUUUUGGCAGCCGCCAGACGUCCGGUGGUGUGGAUGGUGGCAGCGGUGGCCGCCUAAGCCACAGCAGCCUUCGCAGCACGCCGGCUCACGCCCCUCUCCUUGCCUGCGUCGCCACAGCCCUUUCACCCCCUUCUCCCGAAAGGUGCGGGGCACACUCGAGGCGGAGGCGAAGCGGCUGCAGCGGCGGUAGCGGCGGCGGGAGGCAGGAUGAGCGCACGCGGUGAAGGCGCCGGGCAGCCGUCCACUUCAGCCCAGGGACAACCUGCCGCCCCGGCGCCGCAGAAGCGAGGACGCGGCCGACCCAGGAAGCAGCAGCAAGAGCCAACCUGUGAGCCCUCUCCUAAGAGACCCAGGGGAAGACCUAAAGGCAGCAAAAACAAGAGUCCCUCUAAAGCAGCUCAGAAGAAAGCAGAAACCACUGGAGAAAAACGGCCAAGAGGCAGACCUAGGAAAUGGCCACAACAAGUUGUUCAGAAGAAGCCUGCUCAGGAGGAGACAGAAGAGACAUCCUCACAAGAGUCCGCCGAGGAGGAUUAGGGGGCGCCAACAUUGGAUUUCUACCUCAGCAGCAGUUGGAUCUUUCCAAGGGAGAAGAAACUGCAGUGACCACUUACUGUCUGUUUUCAUGGUCUUUCCACUUUCC